AUGUUCAUCGCGCUCUUCAAUUUGAUGAACUUUGCCUCUAGUAGCUAUGAACUCAUCGUGCAGAACUCCUUGGACCCCAAUGCGACUGUUGCCAGGCGAGGUUUGCUGCAUCGCUACCCAUCUUUCCUGACCACAAAAGUCCAGCCCAAAUGCCAGCCCGUCACGUUGCCAGUAAACAGCGAUUUCUUCACCAACAACGCGGCUCUGACGUACACGUUGACAAGUGUUUGGGAGAGAGGGAAAGAAGGUCAGCGAGUCAUUUCGCCGGCUCUAACCUAUCACCGGAACAUUCUGCAGAACUGCUCUGUCCAUUCUGUGGAAAUCGACUUUGAUUCGCUAGACAGAGCCGGAAAACAGAUUGGCUUUUGCGAAUGGGGCGCCGUGCUGCGGUCGUACAUUACGUGCAAGACUGAUACACCAGCUGGAGAAGUCUUCUUCAAUAUGACACAGACCUACGACUACGUUCCUGACACCAUUUCCUUCGACAGUCUGCACAAGUUCCAAGGGACAGGUUUCCUGAGUCGUAACAGGACAACUCAAGCUAGCCUCUGGUGGGGCGAGUCAUUAAUGCCUACAUUCUGGGGAGAAGUCACACUGAUGCUGCAGGAUCAGAGGGGCGCUAUCAAAGACGACGAUGACAAGAUAGGACUCAACAAGGGGACUGUUUCUUUCACGAUCAAUGAUACAUACUCUAAUAUCGAAGACCCCGGCGUCUUCAGCCUCGACUACCGAUUCUACGGCAGUAAGAUCUACGAAGUAGCCUGCUGUCCCAAUUUACCACUCCCUUUAACAGCAAAGGCCCUAGAUAGGAGCGAUACUUAUUCAAACGUUUGGUUAAAAGCAGACUCGCUGGGAAAAGCGGCGUACUCGGCAAUCCUCGUUGAUCUUGGCCAGAAAGCAGCCCCCAAGUCCAACAUCCUUACCGAUGCAAAGUUGCUGACGCGUUACACGGAGAACUUGUCAACGACCCGCAUGGCGAAUCUGAGAUCAGGUCCAGCGAAUGACAGUUACAGCGCAUUGCAGAAAACGACGGGAAAAUUGGGUAUUAUACCGUCUCUGUCAUCGCUACGACGUACAUCUGUCAGGUCCCGAGGCUCAAGCCGGCAGGGAAUCUUAUCGUUGCUAUCAUUGUAG